AUGGUUCGCAUCACUCUCUUCGCUACUCUCGCUUUCGCCGCCACCGCCCUCGCACAGGCCAUCCCCAACAACGCGGGCGCCAGAAACGUAGGAAACGGGCAAGGACAGCAAUUCACCACCGGCGGCUGCGUCGCCGACGCCGACUGUCAGGGAACUGGCAUUUGCUCUGGUAUUGGCGCCGAGUUCCAGAAUGGCAAGCAGGGUUGUGGCUUCGUCGAUCCUAACGCCGCUGCUACGAUUGAAGCUGCCCAGGCCCAGGUUGAAGCCCAGGGCUUUUAA